UCUCUCUCUCGCUCGCUCGCUCGCGCGCAGGUGCAGCUCGAAGCUCGUCGCUCUCCCUCCCGUUGUGGUUUUGCGUUGCAGCUGCCGAGGAUAGAGCUCGGUUCAUCUCUGCAAAUCCAGCACUGAGCAGAAACCAGUGAACCCCUCUUUCUCGCUCCGGCUCCCCCGAUUGGCGGCUGCCUUUUGCCGGGGGUCAAAGGUUAGCUAUCUUUGCGAAAUCCUCUCGUGGGCUUCCUCUGUUGCCAAUCUAUAGAUCUUCGCAAGAGCGAAAAUGGGGGAAAAAAGAUCCUAAAUUGGGUUCGUCUGUUAAGCUCCGGGGUCGGUUUAAUUCAAUUCCUAUUGCGGCAUAAGAAGUUUUCUGUUUUUUUGAGCCGAAAAGAGAGAACUUUUUCGAUAUGAAUUCGUCUGGGAUCCCGGGUGGGUUACUCGGCGACGUAGGGCGGGAAGUCGGAGGACGUGUUGCGACGAAUCGAUCGCGCUUGAGACGGAGGGAGAUGUGAACUGUGCCCUGAGCUAGAGCUAUUGCAGUUCCCUUAAAGAUUGGUAGAUGGGCAGUUUGUAGACAGUUUUUCUUGGUCUGACAAUCUUGCAUUUUUUUUUUUUUGCGGCUGCAAGUGUUUGAGGGAAGGAAUAUGAUGAUUGGGACUUGCAGGGUAUUUGCUUGCGCAUUGGAGAAAGGCUUCGUUGCUCUUUCGCUGGAGGCUGCAUUUUAUCCGCGUCGCGGUUGACACCAUUGGAGGCUGGAUUUUCAACACCGUGGUGAAGCAGAAUCGCGGUUUUGGUUGCAAAAUGGGAGAUGCAGAGGAUGGUGGAAGGCCCAAAAGGGCCGUUUUCGUGACUGUUGGCACUACUUGUUUUGAUGCUCUCGUGAGGGCAGUGGAUACUCGGGAAGUUCAGCAAGAACUGUCUGCUCGAGGCUAUACCCACCUUGUUAUUCAAAUGGGUCGCGGUACCUACACCCCCAAAAAGUCUGAUGGAGAAGAUGGUUCUCUAGUCGUGGAGUACUUCACUUUCUCAUCGAGCAUAGCGGAUUAUUUAAGAUCAGCAUCUCUCGUGAUCAGUCAUGCAGGGUCUGGGAGUAUUUUCGAGACACUUCGACUUGGUAAACCUUUGAUUGUGGUGGUGAAUGAAGAUUUAAUGGACAAUCAUCAAAGUGAGUUAGCAGAGGAACUAGCCGAGAGGAAGCAUUUGUAUUGUGCUCGUCCUCAAACACUUUAUAAAACUAUAGCAGAUAUGGAUUUGGAGUCUCUCCUUCCUUAUGUUACCGGGGAUGCCACGCCAGUUGCUAAGCUUAUAAACAGGUUUUUAGGAUUUUCGGAUGAUUGACAAAUUACUCUGAGUUGCUGAGCAUUGGCUGAGUAUUCUUUUUGAAUCUUUUAGAGAGGCAAUGCAACGGUUUUUGUGGAUAAUGUCAAUUAUUCUACAGUGUGAUACCAUUCCUCCUUGUGUCA